AUGCCUCAAAAACCCAUGCGCCUGCCCCCCCUGAAGGGCCUCCGCGUCCGCGCCCCAUUGAACAAGAAGACCGAGUCGCCCUGCGUUUCCAUGAUGUCCUCACUGCUCGCCUGCUGGGCCUCCGCAGGCUUCAACACAUCCGGCUGCGCCGCCCUCGAGAACGCCCUCCGCACAUGCAUGGACUCGCCUCCGCCGCAAGACGCCCCGCGCAACACGAUCAACUUCCACCUGGCCCGCAUGUACGACCGCGUCAUCAUCAGCGGCAGGCGAAAGAGGUAG